UAUUCAUUUCUUUACCUGAAGAUGCGUAAUCCACUUAAACCCAAAAAUAAGUCGAGAAGAUUUGCUGAAUUGCAAGAGGAUCGAGGAUUCACUGAUGCUCAGUUUGAAACAGCAAAGACCCCGAUUCCUUGGAGUGCCAUUGGUUUAGCGACAUUGCUUUUUGUAGUUGGUGGUAUAUUGUUGGCUCUCGGUAUAUUGAUAAAAAUUGGGCAAAUUACCUCAGAAGUGUGGUUGGCUAGAGGUACACCUUUUAUCGUGCUCGGUAGCAUCAUGUUUAUCCCAGGUUCCUAUCAUUUGUACAUUGCUUAUUAUGCAUAUUACAAUUAUCCUGGAUAUGACUUUAAUCUUAUACCUGAUUGGGAUUAAAUGUUUGUGUGUAUACUAUGUUUUAUUUUAUUUUUAUAUUUCGAUUGCGAUAAAAAGAGAAAUUAAAUGGAAACGAAAGUGUCUUUAUUUUUUAUUUUUUUGGUCAUUCUUUAAGCUCUAUAUGCGCAGCAUUGUGCUUAGUCCAUUCCCUUCUUGGCA